AUAAAAACAUGCCCACCCAGUUGAUUUUGUUGCAUUAGCCCACGUGACGUCACGUAUGAUUCCUGGCGAAGACGAGAAAUGGCGGAGUGUACUGUUUCUCGUUGCUCCCAUGAACGUCGCGUGUUUCGAAAAGAAUUACAUAAAUGGAGCAAAGAAAUUUUGUAUAUAUUAGGUUUAGAACGCCUAGCUGAAGAGUUGAUGGGAGCACGAAAAUGGAAAAUUCUUGUUCAACCUUUUUCAGAUCUAGAAACUGAAUGUCCCUGUGAUUGGUUUCCUGAAGACACCUGCUAUUUUUGUUGUGCCAAGAAACAACCACCUUAUGAUCCUGCCAGUGGUAUUAUUCCUACUGUGGAAAACUACAAUGCAUUAAGAUUAGAUACAGACGAACAUUCAGCAUCGUCUGAUCAGGGUAAUUUAUCAGGUUCCUUUACUUCUUGCCCCUCAAAUUUAUCUGCAUGGCAUAAUGUUGCUUUGCCUAGUGGUAAUACUGUAAAUUCUUCUUCAUCACUGGAUCAACCUUUGGAUUUAAGUAAAACUUCUCUGAAAACAAACGCUAAUGACUCCAAAGCAAUUUCGAGCAAGUCCCAACAUUCCAGAAAUUUAAAUUUUGAUGAUGAUAGAUUGUGUUCAAAAUCAGUUUUGAAAGUUCCUCAGAUCCCUGUAAAGCCUGGGGCAGACUUACUGGUACUCUCUGAUAUUCAACAGUUAGCUCUCUUAAAUUCAACUGAAUCGAUUCAAAAUCUUAGCCAAUCACUUUCAUCUUUAAAAGACCUUAAGCUACCACUUUUGCCUGAUUUAAUACGACGUUUAGCAGAGGAAAGAAUAGAUUUUGAAAGAAAUAUUUGUCAAGACUCUGAUAAUGUUGAGGAUGGAUCUACAGAUGUGCAGUCCGGUAACUUAUCAAAUGUGAUACUUAAAGUUCCGUCCUUUAAACCUGUAAAAUCUGCCAAGAUGAGAGAUGCUGAAGAUUCCCACCUUCCUGAUGUAUCUUCCUCAGAACCCUCUACUGGAGCAUCUAGUCAUCCAUUCUCAGGUAAUAAAGGGAUAACUGUUACUCUGAAAGAGUUGAUAGCUAGAAGUAUUAGUCAAAAAGUAAACUGGAAUCUUGAAAAUAAAAAUAUAGAGGAUGAUCAAAGCAUUGAAUUUCCUUUUCCUUCACCUACUAAUACAGCUGGUUCUGCCUCAUGGAAUGGUGAAUGUUUUUCCAAGAUUGAGAAAGAAAGCUUGUCAAAUAAUAUUUCCAGUUCAGCUGACAGUUCCAAAGUAGGAAAACGUACUCGUCCAAAACGAGGGCGUUAUAGAAAUUAUGAUAGAGAUAAUUUAGCCCGGGCUGUUCGAGCUGUACAGAAAGGUGAAAUGAGUGUUCAUCGAGCUGGAACUUUUUAUGGUGUGCCUCAUUCUACUCUAGAGUAUAAGGUUAAAGAGCGGCAUUUGUUAAGGCCUAGAAAACGCGAUAUUUUUAAUUGUUCUUUACUAUCUGAUGGAUCUGAUCCAAUUCUUACAUCCAAGCUAACUACUUUGGCUGAAAGAAGUAAGGAUAGUAAAAAUUCAAAAAAUAAUCCGGUGAAUGUUGAAUCAUCUGGAUUGCCAAAUAAGUCCCUACAAUCUCACCGUCCAACGAUGGACUCAUACCCGUCCCCUUUAUCUUUAUGGCAAAAUAUGCCUUUUUUCUCUCUGGACUUUUCUAAAUUAGGUUCUGAUAAUUUUUUUGCAUCACAAAUGAUGCGGAAGCUUCAAGAAAAUGCUCUUAAUGAAGAAUUGCAGAAAAAAGGUAAAACUAACGAUUUUGGUAUUAUUGAAAAUAUAAUUAAAUCCACUUUGGAAAAAAAUUCCCAUGAACACAAAUCAUCUCGGAUUGAUGAUAUCGAUUCAGCCACUGUUUCUGAAUGCAAAGAACUAAAUGAUGAAAGUGAAAUAUAAUAUCUGUGUUCCAAAACUUGGCUGUUUCAUCAGGCAGUGCUUAUGAGCACUCUAAAACAGCUUUUUUUUUAGUAAAAGAAAAGAAACUUUCAACUUGAUCUAUUUCCAGGGUGCCUUUUUGGCAUAUCUUUUCCUGGUUUGAGGUUUUCCAAGCUAGUCUAAAAUAUACUGUGAUCUGAAAGAAAACAAAAUGGAUUUCUUAUAUAUCUUCGAAAGAAAAAAAAAAGGAAAUAUGUGAAAGUUUAUUACUGAGAGUGUAAAAUGUUUAGCAAUAUUUAUGUAUAAAACUAUAUUUACACUGGAAUUUCCUCCUACAAUUUAUGUAAAAUGUAAAUUAUAGAGUAAUUUUAUUUUAAAAUUUAAGUAAUCCAUUAAAGUAAAGCUUUUGAAAAUUUUGCAUUUUUGUAAGUAUGAUGCAUGUUUGCUUGGCAUUCAUUUGCUAAUUCAAUUCUAUGAUAUCAAAUGCCUAUGAGGCAAGAAAAAUAUUAUUUUUGUUAUCUUUUUUGAACAGUUUGAAAUGGUCUUUCAGACUUCCUGUUGUAAGAUUUAUCAAUGGACUGAUCUCCUAGCCUGAUUGAGUAACUGCCAUUGUUGGUUUAAUUUGUUAUGUUAAAAAUGUGUGCUAUGUCUGGAACAGUUUAUUUUUUUAUUAAUAAUUGAAACUGACUUUAAAAUAUUAUAUUAGUCUCAUUUUUAUUUGGUAUAAUGUGCUGUGAAAUAUAAAAUAGCUGUUUUUUCCCUUAACUAUUUUUCUAUCAUCCAUUCUACUACAUUUAUUUCUUACAUUAUUAAUAUUGUGACAAUUUAAGCUACAUUAAUGCUAUGUUUUAAAGAUAACUUAGUGAACAGUGAUAAAUGAACUGUUUUAAGCUUGGUGGGUGUUUAAAGUAAUGAACUAUAAUGUAAUAUUUUGUGUUUUAAGUUUUGUUCUCCUACUCAAAUUGAACUCUAUUCUGGGAUGCUGCUUACUAGCCUUUUUAAGGCUUCAUCCUAGUGUUCAGGUUCUUAUGGUGUGUGGUAUAAAGUAAAAUAAGAGUGUGCAGUGUUCGAGUUAUUAAAAACAUAAAAGUGUUAGACGAUUACCAAAUAAAAAUACUUUUCACUAAUAUAAGCUCUUUGUGGUUUCCCUAUGAAAUUUCUUUAUCUUAAUUUUAUCAAAAGUGUGAUGGGCUUGUUAAGUGAGUUCACGCAAGCUCAGUUAAACACUGGGGAUAACUUAAAUAGACUCAUGUUUUGUUUUUUUUUAAUUUUUUAUAUAUUAAAUUUAAAAGUUAAAUAUAAAAACUUUCUAUUAUAUAAAGUGCCAAAGUUUGUGAAUUAUACAAAUAAUUUAAAGAUUGUUUUCUUUUGCAACCAACUUCUAAAACUAAAUAGUGAAAAGAACCAUUUUACUUUUAACACUUUUUCUUAAAACUGCUGUACCUUAAUUUUACAGCUGCAUAACUUAAGGCAUUGGUGGUGAUACUGGAUGGUUAAUAUUAAAAUUAUGAAUAGAAAAAAAGAUUUCUAUAAGUCAAAAUGCCUAUUUAAAGGCUUUUGAUGCACUGAUUCUAUAGGGCAUAUCCUUAAUUUUGUCCUGCACAUGAUGCAUAAAAUGAAUAUAUUUAUCCAAAAAAAAUUUGGAUUUAUGUAUCUGCCUGAAAUAUCUUAGUUAAUACUAAGUAUACAUGAAAAUAAUUUCAUCCCUAUUCAUAAAAAAAUGUAUAAAAUUACUAUUUCUAACUGUCCCUUCACCAUGGAAUCACCCUAUUGGUGAUAUUGUCUGUCAUUUUAUGCAGCUUUAAUGUAAUAAUUUUUUUAUUACCCAGGUAUAGUUAUUAACUUUUUAGUAUAGCUCUGGAAGACAUGAACUGGUCUUUCUCAUAAAGUUUGUUUGAUAUGGUAAUUAAAGAUACUCUGUGCAUGUUAAAUUAGAAGUUUUCCAUAUUUUUACAAUGAGAAAUAGUAAUUGUAAGUUAAUUUUUUUUUAUCAAAGAUUAAUUAUCUAUUUAUCUGUCUGAUUAGGUUAUAUAGCUGCCACAUGAUACAAAUGAAUUUUUUAAUUUGGAUCAAUUGGUGAACUAAUUUUAACACCCCUAAUUACAUACAGUUGAACUCCAAUAAAAAAAGAUUAGUCUAAACCAGGCCCUUACAGGUUAACCAAAAAAUAGUCUUAGAAGAAAAAGCUGACAAAAUAUUUGAUGACUUCAUAAAUAAAUGCUGUUUUUAAGUUUAUAAUUUUUCACCAUUGAAAUUUAACUAAGAUGUUGUGCUUUGUCUUGAAAUUCUAUAGCCACUCAUAUAAUCAUAUCUGAACUUAUUUUUUCUUGAAAGUGGUAGAGAUUUUGUUUUAUUGUAUAUGUUUGUAAUCCAAUUUUUUUUUAAUUUAAUAGUUGCAUCUUUGUUUAAUUUAAACCAUUGCAUAUAUGACUAAAUUUGAAGAUUAGAAAAAGUUUCGUUGAAAAUAUUAAAAAGGACAAAGUUUAAUUGAAAAUGGGAAGCUCAUAUUUUAGAAAAUAAAGACUAAUCUUAACUAAAUUUGUUUUUCAACUAUUUAAAAUUAAAACUUUUACAAAAUAUUCUUAAGUUACUUUGGUAGUGUGCAGAUGAAGUAUUAAUAAAUUGCUACUGCUAAAAUUUAUAUAUCCUAAUUGCAUUUAAUAAAUAUCAUUCUAAUCAAUCUAAAUUCAGGUUUUUUUUAAACAUUUUUACAAGAGAUAUUUUUCAGCAUAUGUACUAUCUAGAUGUAAAUAAUUUUAUGUUUCUGUGGUGUUAGGGUUUGUUAUCAUACUUUUUCAGCAUAUAUAUUUACAUGUAAAUCUGUGUGUAUGUAAAUACAGUAUAAAUUUAUGCAUGUAUAGCAUUAUUUCCAAUAUCAGAAAUAAUAUAUUAAGAUUUUUCAAAGCUUGAAUGUAAAACUUAAUUUUCUCAUCCUGAUUGUUUUUUACCCGGUAAUUUUCACCAUUUCUUAUAACAGUGUUGACUCUCUUUGUAAAUUUAAUAUUUGCUAUCAAUUGAAAUUAUAAAUUUUGUAUAAGCCCUGACCAAAAUGUAACUAAAAUGCCAAAUCCAUUUUAGAAAAAGAAAUCUAUAAUUGUCUAAGAAUAUUGUUUUUGUAAUAGUCCUACAUUUAAACAUUAUAAAGAAUAUUUUAGUCUUAUUUCAGAGGUCUGUGUGCCAUAUCUCUUAUAUGGAUCAACAAGAUAAAUUUAGUGGAAAAUCUUUCAAGCAAGUUAUAUUUUUAGUUAAAUGUGCUAUUUGGGUUUCAGUUGUUUACUAUUGAAGUAUACUAAAAUUAUUUACUUUUUACGCAUUUCUGGUGUUCAUGCUUAAUCCUCUACUUCAAUAAUAUUGAAUUUAUUUAAUUAAAUAUGCUUAAGUGAAUAGGAUGUGCAAGUAAUAUUAUAUGAGGAUAACUUUUAUUUCUAUAGUAUUAUCAGAUUUAGAAAUGUUUGCAUGCUUGCCAACUAACUAAAAUUAAUACUUCGUUUUUUACAAAAAGUAAUAUGAAUGCCGUUAGUGUUUACCAGCUGUCAGAAGUUAAUCAUAGCUCUUCUCUACAAACACUAUAGUAAACUAUAAUGCAUCUCAAAACCCUUGAAAAUAAAUGGACAAAAAAUUUGUAUGGGAAUACAAAUUUUCUUUUAUGUUUAUACUUUCUAAUCUAUGUAUUAAUGUAUUCCAGGUUUCUACCCUAUGUUGAACAACACUGGUUCUCUAUUUUACUAUUCCUUUGCCAAUGUUUGAACUUUAAUUGCCCCUUUAAUAUCGAAAUGUUUGCCAUGACUGGUUACUAAAAAAAAAAUUGCAGAUUGAUUAAAAGAAAGAACAUAAUGCCCUUAGUCUUCAUUGAAUUAUAAAGAAAUGGUUUGAUUGUUAUUUAGCAUUGAACCAAUUUUUUUAAAAUUUCAAAUUAGUAAAAAAAGAGAAGAUAAUAGUAAAGGAUAUUAAGUCUUGGUGUUUUUGAAGAAAAGAAUUUUUCCCUUACCAAUUUAUUUUUCUAGAAAUAUAAGUUAGGUUAAAAUUAAAGUAGUAAUAUUUAAAUCUAGUCUUAAUUUAAUUUGUUUUCAUUUCAAGUAAUGAUAAACAGAUCAAAAGCAAUUUGCUGUAAAUAUUUUAAUUACAACAUUAACUUAUAACAUAUAUUUGGAAGAUAUCCAAACAUUCCUAAAAUUCCUCUGAUAUUCAAAUAGAAAAUAGUAGUGAUUGAUUUGUUAUUUUAAACUCCUAUUUUUUUAUGCAAUAUAUUAUCUUAGUUGAUGCAUUGAAUAUUCUCAUAAUUAAUAUAAGUAAUGAACUUAUCAAAAUUUUAAAACCUUUGUAAUCUAAAUUUAUUUUAAAAUGAGUAAUAGUAAUUAGUAAGCAAAUAUUCUUAUAACUAAAUGAUUCCUUUUUAAAGCCAUUGGCAAAGUUAGCCAGCAUACAGUUGCAAGUAUUAUUUAUUUUUAUUCAUUCCAAGCUAAAGCUAAAAAAUUUUUCUAUAUGGUAUAUGCCACUUUAAACAAAUUGAUACACUUUUUAGACUGUGCUUUAUGUUUAAAAAUAUCAGUAUUUCUAUUAUUAUUUUUUUUAAUAAAUACUUCUAACCAUACCAAUGGCCACAACAUUCCACAUUUUUUUUAGUUUAUAAAAAUUUGUUUUUCUGAGCCAUUGUUUUUAUUUUAAGGCAUAUAUUUUUCAAUAUUUAUUUUUCCUUUUAGUUAUUUUAGGUGUUUUAAUGUAAUAAGUAGUACUUUUAGUUCAUAUUUUAUGUUGGGCAAAAGACCAAUUUUUUGGACCAAAAAUUGAAAUUUUGUGUGUUCACAUCUGUUGCCAUUAAGUGUUUUGUUAAUUAAUUUUUAUGCUUUUAUAAGAAAUAUUGCUAUUUAUUUAAUUUUAUGUAUACACUUCUAAAAUCAAUUAUCUCUGUUUUUGUUAUUAAAAUUUUAUUUUGAUUUGUUGUCGUACUUUUUGUUGAUUGUGAUAUUCUAGAAUUAAUUUAUAUAAUUAUCUUUUUAAAAUUAUGUUAUGUUGGUUAUUAGUUAUCAUGCUUACCAAUACUGUUAAAAGUUGUGAAGGUUCCUGUUAAUUAUGAUAGGUUCCUGAGUAUUUUCUUGUCAUGUUUAUUAUCCAUUAACUUAAAUGAUCUGAAAACUGAAAGUUAACUGUCUUAUAUGAGCUUUUUAGAAGAAUAAUGUUAACUGAAUUAUUAAUGUGCUCAAACUGUUAAAUGUUUUUAUUAAUCAGUGAAAAGUAUCCUUGUCAUCAUAAUCGACUCCUGAAGGGUAUUGUACUUUGAUAAAUAUUUUACUUUUAUUGUGCAAAAUAUUUUCAUAACAUAAAAAUCUAAAAGUUUUAAAGAAAUUCUAUUUUCCCUACAAAAGAAAAAAAAAAAGAAUGUUCAAGUUUUUACUUUGAUCAUUUUGUUAGAUUUAGAGUGCGUAAAAAUUUGAAAUUGUUGUCUUAUGACAGAAUCAACUGUAUGUGAAUGUUAAUAAAUGUAAGAUAUAUAUUUAUUUUUUUUUCUUUUAAGUAUUAAUUUAGUAACUCAGGAUUAAAUAAAAUGUGACUACUUUAAUGAAAUAUCCUCUUUUUUUAAAGAAAAAAAAAUAUUAGCCUACGACAUCUAGUUGGCUGAAUACUAAUUACUUUUUAUUUCUAGAAUGAAAAAAAUUAAGUGAAUCUUAAAUUUUUAAAUAAAAGCACAUACUCAAUUUUAUUUUGCUUUUUUGAACCUCUAAUUUGUACCAAUUUGAGUUGUAUAUGUAUUUACGAAUACUUUAUAUUUAUUUGUAGUUAUUAGUUAUGGUUUUUUCAUCUUUAAAUAAAUAUAUCUGUAUUAAUUUUAAAAAAAAUAUUUUUAUUUAGUAAUAAUUUAGUUUUUAAGAUUUCUAUCUCAAACUAAUGAAAAAUAUUCGUAUUAUGAAGCAUAAUUAUUAUGACUGUAUGAGAAUAUUUUAAUUAAAAUUAAAGAUAUUACAAUUCAAUUUAAUGUUUACUGUCAAUACUUAUGUGGAUAGUCUUCUUUGGGAUUCUUUGAAAGUAAUUUAUUUUCAUUCUAGAAAUAGCAUUUGCGGUGCAUGAUCUGUUAAAAUAUUUCAUUUGAAGAAUCAUUGAGCCUACACUGCUCGUCCUUAUUGCUAACUAAUGAUGAAUAAAUUUUUUGAAUUACA